AUGAUGAUGAUGCGCCGUGUGAUGUGUGUGUUGGUCGUUGUGCUGUGCUGUGCCUGCGGGUAUACCAUGACGGUUGCUGCUGAGUCGGAGUGGGAUGAUUUUCUUGGAGACACAAGCACUAAGUAUAGGGAAAAGAAGCUUGCAGAGGAGUGUACAAAGAAUGAGGGUACCCCCAAUCAUGUGGUUGAAGGAAUAAAGUGUUCGGAUUGGAAAGCACGUAAGUCGAUUACGAAAAAACCGAUGCCUUCACUUCAAUCAAAACCCAAUCUCGUUGAUCAACAUGAACAACAACAAGUACGCGUGGAAGUGGAAUUACAAGACCAGGCACAUAAAGAACCAGCGGAGAGAGAAUCAUCUGAGAAUGUUAGAGGCCCAGACAGUCCUGUGGGAACUGGACCCCGUCCUGAUGGGGAUGCAGAAGGUUCGUUAGAAACAUCAAGUACAUCCGCACAACCUAUUUCUUCCCCAACUACACCAAAGGAACCGGCUCCAACUACACCAAAGGAACCGGCUCCAACUUCACCAAAGGAUCCAGCAAAUAAUCCACCAAAAGAAACCGCUAAAGGUCAACAAGAGGGUCUAGAUCAAUCUAGUGAACACUCUGGUUCUGGUGCUAUUGUGAAUCGAACUGGUGGUGGUUCUAAUGGUGGUUCUUCUUCUGAUCAUCCUGAGGCACCUGCUCCACCUGCUGCUUCUUCUUCUUCUGCUGAGGAGAGUGCUGCUCCGGCUAAAGGCGACAGUCAACCUGGAGUCAGCGGCAGCAGUGCAGCAGGUGAAGGUGCAGCAGAUAAUGCGAAUGCUGAGGCAACGCAACCUUCUUCUCCCACAACUUCAGAGAUAAAUAAUGCCAGUAGUUCUGAUACUGCAAACGCUGGAAAUGGCACUACUUCUCCAGAGGAUGAAUCUCAAAGUAACCCAUCUGAUGUGGGAAAUACAGAAACCACCACCACAACAACAACAACACUUUCUCCUGAACUCACAAACAAAAAGAAGGGUGAUGCAGACAGCAGCAGCAGUAUCAGCAGUUCUGUGUGGGUGCGUGUAUCACUACUGAUUGUGGUUACACUGGCCUGUAUUCUUGUGUGCUGA